CACUCCAUAUUUUAAGUAAUUAUGUUUACUUGUUUUUUUAAUUAUUGAUUUAUCAAUUACUUUUAAUCUCAUCCACAUGAAUCUUGGUCUUUGGGAAUAUUAUGAAUUUUGGGGGUUCAAUUUUGGAUUUUUUUAUACUUGUGUAUAAGAAGGUUUCCGAUGCAAAUUCUGUGUCUUGCCUUAUGAACCAAAUCCAUGACAUCUUUUGGACAUGAAUGCAUUGCUCUUAAGACAUUAUAUUUCACAGCCUCAAUCUUUUUACUGAAUUAUAUAUAUGAAUUCGCCAUUCAUCACAUCAUGCUAUCCCAUAUAUAAAUUCACAAACGUUACUUUGAUCAUUUUUCUUACAAAUACAUAGAAAACCAAUAUAAGCAUAUGAUAUGUUGAAUUUUUCUGAACGUAUAUUUUCAAAAUAUUAAUUUUUACAAUUUUUACUAAUAGAUAAUUGAAAAUAUUCAUGGUUAAAAUGUAAAUUAACAAGUGUAUCAAAUCAAAAUGGAGCAUUUAAGAUAUCCAAUAAUGAGAAACUCCUAUAUUAUAACUCUAAUAUCCAUUUAGUGCGUAGCAUAACAGCUUUCUUAAAAUAUUUUAUGAAAAUAACUUUCCAAAUAAAGCACACGUUCCUAUAUUUUUGUUGAAAAUCACCAAAACUCGCUAUUUUUUUCCAAAAUCACAAAAAAAAUAUUGUAAAAAGCUUAUAUAGACUUGGUCCACAUUAAUACAUGUGAUUUAUGAAAAAAAAAAAGAAUCACUGUAUAAAAAGAAAAUAGAUAUAAACAAAUAAAAGUAGAUAUGAAUGGUAAAGGGGGACUUUGUGAGAAAAAAUGUUAUUGUCAUAAAGUAAAAAUUUCGUUAUGAUAAACUAAUGUAAGAAAGGGUGAUCGUAUCCAAAAAAGAUUGUUACUAUGCUAGAUAUAAUAGAUUAGUGUAAGUUAAGAUUUUAUAAGGUCGCAAUGUAAAAAAAAAAGGUCACUAUGUCAUAUGGCUGACUUUAAUCCACAAUAAUAUUAAUGUGGAUCAGGUCCACGCUGGUCAAAAAUGUUAGUUUUGCAUAUAACGGUUGUAAAUUAGGACAGCCUCGUCGAUUAAUAGAGAUAAAUUCUAAGAUAAAAAAAAAGCUUUUGGUCCAAUGGUAGUCUUUCUAAGUGGUAAAACAAGGUCCCCUCAAAAAAAAAAAAAAAUGUGGUAAAAGAAGAAAUCUUUGUGCUCUUAGUUUGUUAGAAGCAGUAAUUUGAUACUCCAUAUACCACCUUCAAGGAAGAUACUGGAAAUGUAAGGAACAAGAAUUAUUAGUAAAGAUAGCUAGAUCCAUACCAAAAAAAAAAAGAAAGAACUAGCCCAUUUUCACGGCAGCAAAACUGGCUUUGAAAUUAGUGAGUUUGAGUUAGAUGCUGUAUGAGAAAUAGUGAAGAUAAAGCAUUGUUUUCCUUAACAAAUUAAAUUUUAUUUAACAAAUAUUUAGGCAUAAGUAGCUGUUUAGACCCAUGUGAGCUAGGAUAGCAAUCCUCAUGAAUUCUUCAUAUUUGCUUUGAAACGCAAUUUCCACACUUAUUUAAGCUAGCUUACACACGUUCUGUUGCACUUCAUAUGACAAAGCACAACACUUUCAAUACUUCUUUCAUUAACUAACUCCUUUUUUGUAUCCCUAGUUAUCUUUCUUUCCUCAUUCUUGUUGUUGCUUUGUCAAUGAUUACAUUGCAGCAUUCACAAGUGUAACGCCAAUCUCAGCUGCAUAAUAUCAGUAUAGUUGAUACGUACUAAUUAAGGUACUGAAUUUUUUCUUAAAACGAAUUUGGAAAAUGGGUAUUUACAAGAACUCAAGUGCAAAUGCCAAAAGCGGAGAUUACCUAGAAGGAAUGUUAAGUGAUUAUGUAGGAACAAAGGGGAAGCUGAAAACCCCUAAGAGUAACUCCAGUCGGCUAGUAACAACACUAACUUGCCUACAAUUCGCAUUCGCCAUCUAUGCAACAUUUCUUUUGUAUUACAUGAGCCCAACAGUUGAUUUACGAACCAAACCAGACUUCUCAUGGGCUACUCAAUUUGCAAAGCAAUGGAAAGACUAUAUCAUUCAACCCCACAUUGUGAGCCACUAUCAAGAAGUCUUUAAUAUGGCUGCAACUGAAAUGCAACCUAUUGCUCCGUCUGAGGUCUGUGAGCAUGAAAAGAUUGACUUUAUGCAGAAGAAGUCCAAUGAUCUUCAAAUGAUCAAGUUGAAGAGAGAGCUUUAUGAUGAAGUGUUGGAGUUUCAGAGCAAGACUUUAGGAACCGAGUCUCUUCUCCAACUAAUGGCAAUGCCAUCAAAGUGGGAUUUGAAGGGACCUAAUAAACCAAAAGUAACAGUUAUUCUAAAUCAUUUCAAAAGAAAAACUCUUUGCGCGCAGCUAGAUUCUUUGCUUCAGCAAACUCUCCCUUUCCACCAUGUUUGGGUACUCGCAUUUGGGAGCCCAAAUGAGAUGCUACUCAGAAGAAUUGUGCAGAGUUACAAUGAUAGCAGAAUUAGUUUUGUCAGUUCUAGUUAUGAUUUUAAGUACUAUGGAAGGUUUCAAAUGGCUUUACAAACAGAAGCUGAUCUUGUGUACAUAGUUGAUGAUGACAUGAUACCGGGGAAGAAAAUGCUUCAGAUAUUGUCUCAUGUUGCAGGCACAGAGAAGUAUAAGAACUCUGUUCUAGGCAGCAUAGGGAGAAUUCUACCUUUCAGACAGAAGGAUUUCUCCUUCCCCAGCUAUAGAAAGUUCCACUCGAAGGAGGCGGGCCUUUAUUUACCCGAUCCAGCUUAUGAUAUACUUGUUGAAAAGGUGGUGCAGGUAGACUUCCUCUCCAGUUCAUGGUUUUUAUCUGCAGAGCUUGUCAAGACUCUUUUUAUUGAGAAUCCUAUGACCUUUAUGACGGGUGAAGAUCUGCAUCUAAGCUAUCAGCUUCAAAAGUACCGGAAUGCUGGCUCAUUUGUGCUUCCUGUUGAUCCAAAAGACAAAGAAACAUGGGGAGAUAGUGAACAUCGGCUUGCUUAUGUGUCCGAAACCACAGUUAUUUUCAAAGAUAUCGUUCAAGUAAGAGACGAUCAGUGGUGGAGAGCCCUUUCAAGCGGAUAUGUAACACAAUGGGCGGCAAUGAACCCACAAAAGAUUGAUGCACUGUUUUAUGCCCAUUCCAUUGAUGAAGUGAAAGUCCUUGCUCCUCUUCUUGAGAAAUUUAGGACUACAGUUGGUAAGAAGGCGUACAUUGUUGUCUCUGGAGGCCAGUACUGUCCUUGUGAAGAUGCUGCUGCUGCUUUAGAUUGGCCAACGUCAGUUUGUAAAGAGAGAAGAUUCAAAAUAUUUGACCUUGGUGUUGGCGCGCUUUUAGGGGUAUCAAAUUCUGAAGUGCCUGUACUGCAAAGUGUUUAUGCUGGCAUGAAAGGGCUCAUUAAAGUUCACAACCCAAGUGUGCUGAUUGCUGUUAACGAUAUUGAUCCUGAUGUGAGAAAAGCUUUGAAAAUGGCUUCCGAGACCAGUAAUAACGGUUCCACAUUUGUUCUUCUACCAAGAACAUCUGUUCCCAAGGUCCUUUGGAUGGCUGAUCUAAGGUCUACUGCAUUGCCAAAUUGGAAUAAGAUGAGGCUUUCAAUCAACAUUAUCACCCAGAACCGUGUUCAUUCUCUCGUAAGGCUUCUUAAAUCACUUAGCAAUGCCUAUUAUUUGGGUGAUGAUGUUCCAAUCACCUUCAACGUAGACAGCAGAGUGGAUGAGGCAACAAUAAAGCUAAUAGGCACAUUUGUUUGGCCACACGGAACAAAGACCCUAAGGAGGAGAAUCAUUCAAGGAGGGCUUAUUCGUGCAGUGAGUGAGAGUUGGUAUCCAUCUUCAGAUGAUGACUUUGGUCUAUUACUCGAAGAUGAUAUCGAAGUCUCUCCUUACUACUAUCUAUGGAUCAAAUAUGCACUCUUAGCCUACCACUAUGACCCACAAGUAUAUUUCCCUGAGCUGUCCUCAAUUUCUCUUUACACACCUCGUUUGGUUGAAGUUGUCAAAGAAAGACCCAAGUGGAAUGCAACUGACUUCUUCAAACAGAUUCAUCCAAACACACCUUAUCUCCACCAACUCCCCUGCAGCUGGGGGGCUGUAUUCUUCCCCAAGCAUUGGAGAGAGUUCUAUGUGUACAUGAACAUGCGCUUCACUGAGGAUGCCAAGAAAAAUCCGGUUCAAAUUCCAAGGUCCAGAACGAAUGGCUGGCAAGCUUCAUGGAAGAAAUUUCUCAUUGAUAUGAUGUAUUUAAGAGGCUACGUGAGUCUGUAUCCUAACUUCCCGAAUCAAGCUAGCUUUUCGACCAAUCAUAUGGAACCCGGAGCUCACAUUAGUGCUAAGGAAAAUGUUGUGAAGCAUGACAAGGAAGAUUUUGAGGUACCACUUCUGGCAGAUGAUUUCAGGAAUUACUUACCUAAUGGUAAGUUGCCUUCGGCCUCUCGAUUGCCCUCGCUUAACCUCUUCAACCAGGCCGUUUCUCUGAAGGGAUUGAAGGCAGCUGGAGCUAAGUUGAGAAUGGAUGUGAUCAACUGUACUGCACAGGAAAUUGUAACUGUACACCAUGAUACAGGCCUGCCCAACAGGUGUGCAAAUUUUCUGAGAAACUGACUUUGGCUGGUCAAUUGUUAUAAACAUUCUUUUUUUGGUUUCUUUAUUAGGAUUUAUCAUCAAAAGCUACAUAUAUCCAACCUUCUAGGUGGGAUUGACACUUGAUUUUGACUUCUGGAUUGUAAUCCAUGUAAAAUGUAUUCAAAUUCCCCAUUAAAGUGGACGGAGAUGAAAGUUCAUAAAAGAAACUUCCAAAAUUUGUUUGAUUGCAUUGUAUAUUUGUACUUAAAGCCAAAGUGGCUUCCUUUUACUACUGUAAACAUGGAAAGAUUAUUGAAUUUUGUCAUCUGCA